AUGGAUCACAAGCGCAAGUCGUCCGCCGCAAAUGGCGCGACCGAAGGUGCUGAUGAGCGCGCCGCAAAGCGCCUCAGAUUGUCACAGAAAUACAAUCUCAGUAAGCAAGAGACUGUCGAGUCUACCACCGAACAUGGCCUAUUCUUCCUGGAGCAGAUCCGCCAGACCAAAGAUAAGAAUGGCCGGCUCGUGGCAGGAUACUUCGAAAAGCUCCCCUCAAAAGAGAGCACCCCCGAAUACUACAAGAAGACGCGCAUGCCGAUCUCGCUGUCCAUGAUUGAACGGAAGCUCAAAAAGGGAGACUUUUCUACCCUGACCGAGCUCGAGAGCUACUUCAAGCGCAUGGUGACCAACGCGAAAGAGUUCUAUCCUCGCAACACCCAAAUCUUCGACGAUGCCGAGAGGGUUCGAAAGGCCCUCAGCAACUACAUGACCAAGACGAACCCUGCAUACAACGGUGGCAACUACAGUGCCGUGCCGACGCCUCUGCCUGCCUCCGGUGUUGUAGACGAAGUUGAGGAGGAAGACGAAGACGACGCGACCCCUGCCAAGACGGGCCGCCGUAAGUCCCAGGGAAAUGCGAAGCCUGCGGAAAAGCAGCCCGAGGUUGACGAAGGCGAUGAGGACGAAGACGAAGAUGCCGAGGAAGAUGAAGAUGAAGAGGAUGAAGACGAAGACGACGACGCAGAGGGAGAAGAAGACGAUGAUGAGGAGGCGAGCCAGUCCUCAAAGCGCGCCGCAAUAAUCAUCCGUCGCAGAGGCCCUGGUAGACCUCCUAAGGGAGUGACGCCGCGCAAGUCCAAGGGUCGUACUAGCACACCCAGUCGUCCUGACUGCGAGUACGAGGACGUCCCGUACAAGGGUCUCACCUUCCAGGCCGCGCAGGAGAAGAUUGUGGAAGAGAUGCUGCGCAAGCGAGAAGACGAGCCCGAGGCGUACUUCGAGCCUUUUGUAAAUCUACCUCCCCGUGCCCUCAAGGACUAUUAUCGGGUCAUCAAGGAGCCCAUCUCAAUCAAAAAGCUCCAGAAAUCUGUCAAGGGAGUCAAGGGACGAAAUGAAGCCACGGGUACCAGCGAGUUCAAGAACUGGGCUGCGUUCGAGGAGAGCGCUAGCCUCCUUUGGAAGAACGCUUGCUUCUACAAUGAAGAGGGAAGUGAGAUUUACGAGUUAGCCCAGGAAUUGAAGGAAUUCUUCCUGGAUGAGCUGAAGCAGGCCAAAGCAGUUGUCCCAGAGCCAUCACAGCCAAAGAUCAAGUUGAAGGUACAGCAACCUGCGGCAGAGCAGCCUACUACGUCCAAGAAGAUUACAAUCCAUGUGGGAGGCAAAAGCGAUUCGGCGGACUCACCGGCGCCUCCUGUUCCUCAGUCUGCAGGCUCUCAAGCAAGCGAGCAGAUCGCCCCGAAUGGCACCACGCGUCAAGCUGCUAACCCUAUCAUGCCAGCUGCGAUGGACAGAAUUCGAAGCACUUCGGCGGCCUCUCCCAGUCCUUCAGUUGCUAACACUAUCAAGCGAGAAGAUGUUAUGCGCCCUUCUCCUGCCGGUACGCCCGGUCACGCGAGUACACCGUCGGCUUUUCCACCUCCUGGCCAACCCGCAGGACUGUCCAGUGCAACUUUCCAGCCUAUCGGUGCUCCGCAGCAACAGGUGCAGCCGAACGGGGUUCAGCAACCUAGCAAGCCUCUCUGGGACCAGAGACUUCGCGCGCCUGGCAAAGGCAUUGCGGAUGCCCUCAUCUCUAGCCUCAAGGUCCAGACUCAUCCGAUGAUCAAUCAUGAUCGUCGGUUUGAAGUUACCGUCAAACCUCUCGAGAAGGUGUCCCAACAGUCGGUUACGGUUCAUAUGCCUGCCAAUCAGCUGAGGAUUCAGAUCGUCCCGACCUUGCCUGCCUUCUUAGAGAAGGAGGGACGCCAGUACAGACUCUGGGUGAUCAUCAACCGGCAUACACUCACUCCGGUUCAUGGAGUUCCAGGUCAAGUGCUUUCAACCGGCGAAAGGGUAUUCGAGGCCCAGCUCCAGGCUGGUAUUGUCAACACCAUCGAGGUCCACGUUGUUGCAGCAUUGCCCAAGGGCCAGAAAUUGCCGAGUGGUGAAGACUUUGAAGUGGAGCAAAUGACGGUGCUCGCCAACGUCGUGAGAAACUAG